UGAAUUGCCAUGGAAAUGCUCAAACAGGUGAAGACUUGGAUGAAGAGAGAUCUUCGUCUGCUCCACCUGCUACUGACAGUCUACUUAACUGGCUACUUGUGGCCUACUCAUCUAGUGAUUUACUGACCUGCUGAGCUACUAACUUGUCUGAACCCUCCUCCCUCCCUUCUUGUACUUGAUCUGAUCCGGGUACUCUCCCUGACCCCCUUCUUCUCCUGCCACACCCCCCUCCCCAAUCCCAUCCCUAUUUAAACCCCGCCCCCCCACCUCACCCCCUUUCCCACCCCGUCCCUUCCCCUCCCACCCCCACCACCUCCUCACCCCCAUCUGCACCUCCUCUCUGGUGCCCAGGCGCCCCCUGAAAGGACCAGAAUAUGACGGUUCGGAAGCUAUUUUUCUGUAUGCUCUUACUCGGGUAUCCCGGUUACCCCAACACAAAUCUUGUCCAUCUUUUGGCUGACCAUUUCCCUCUUGGCUCUCGUGUCUUCGGAACUCUGUGGAAGCUUGCCGUUAUUACUGCCACCGUUGCAAUUUGUGCAUGUCUUAUUUACCUCUGGAGAGUUGUCCUUGCUACAGAGCCUCCAGUAUAUCCAGUUAAUUUACAGCAAAAAACUGCAAAGAUCAACACGUUGGAGAAAGAAAACACAGAGCUGGCUGAAGCAAUAGCCACGUGGGAACAGAAGAUACAUCUUCAAGAAGCUAAGAGAGAAAGUAACAUUCUCUCUGCUGAAGCUCUGAAGUUGAAAUCAGAAGAUGCAAACGGUCAAUUGGAGGAACUGAGAGCCUGGAGGUCCAAUAAACGUGCACUGGAAGCAAGGAUAAAGGCCGUGGAAGACCUUCAUAAUGCUGUGAGUUCUAUUAAAGCAAUCAGGGAAGAAACAGCCAAAAGGCUGAAGGAGAGCAGAGACGUCCUUGAUGAAUCCUAUGAAGAAAGAAAAAUGGCUACAGCAAAGAAUCUGGAUAUGACAAACUGUGAACUCGUGGCAAUGAAGAAUCAGAUGGCAACUGCAGAGGAAAAUCUGAAAAUAGCUACAAGGGACAUACGCAAGUGCAAACAGCAAAUUGAACAAACACGAGAACAGCUGCAGAAGGCAGAACUCACCUUCACACACCAGGUCGCAGUUUAUGAGCGUAAUGCUGAGGACAACCGGAUCAAGACUCGGAUCUGGGAGAGGAAAAUGGCGGAGCAGAGCCGAGAGGUCGCCCGCUUGAAACACAGACUGCAUGAGAUGGAAGGAAAGAGGCUGCUUGAGGGAUACAGGAGGUGGAGACCAAUGCCUGGAAGUCCAGAGAUGCAGAACCUUGCGAGGAGAGAGCCUUUAGCCGAAGCUGGUGUCCCUCCCAUGAGUCACAUCUACAAGCAGUCUACCAACAAUGCCGAGAAGGACAAGGGCAGUGUGGACCCGUGGCGACCUCCUCCAUCAACUGGAAGAUUCUGCCCACCCCACUAUAGAGGCCACCCUUUGAUCUGGGCACAUCCACCUCCUGUACCAGGUUCGGGACCAUCCCGAACCCCUCCACCUGCACCACUUGGGCCUUCUGCGGAUCCACAUGUUGCUCCUGUGAGUAACAACAACACUGACUCUACCGAAAGGACCACGAAGGACAAGGCCAUUAUGAAUGCAAGAGGGCCUGGUCCUUCCCCAGGAUCGCCUUGCAGGCUGUCCCCCAUGGACCACCCUUCACCACCAGUCACGGGCGAUGGGCCACCUCCUCCACCAGCUCCUCCACGUACUAAAUUUGGUAAGAUGACCUGAACUGGAUGAGUGACUGAUAAAGCGUAUUCGUCUUCUUGGUGAAAGACUUGGUGGGAAUGAUGUAGGGAUGCUUGUGAGGGUUUGGCAAUUCAACUGCAAACCUGCCUGAGGACAGUGUCACAUAUCUCAAGUUUCUCAGGACAUAGUGUACAAUGGGCUGUGUCAUUUCCCUGUAAUGAGGUCAGCUGUAGGUUUCUCUUGUCUACAAGAAAGAGGAGUUUUACACAAAGGCAGAUGUAUCAGGAGUACUGGUGCCUGUCUGAAAGACACAAUGCUUUGAGCUCCGUGAAGGAUGAGAUGCACCCCUAAGUGUAGGUGCCUCAGGUGUCCCAUCUGAAAGGGGGCACGUGCAUUAUAUGACACAGACCUUGUGGUCACCAUAGUGGAAGUACCAUUGAAGGAUCCAGUGCAAAACUGGGGGAAACUUGAAUCAGGCAGGAAUAGAAGGGAAGUUGAGCACAGUAAGCAGAGUUUGAGGAGGUGCAGAGGGGAGGGCGUUGGGGUCAGUAGGAUGGACU